AUGGAUAGGGACACACCGGAUGCGAUAAUUUGGGAUACAAUUAGCCCAAGUACAGAGUUCAGAAAGAACGUCCUGGUGAAAUACAAAGUGAAAGAGUUUCAAAUACAAGCUCAACUAAGCGUCCCUCUUGCAGUUACACCACAAAUCUGCGGCGCGGUUACAUUUGCAAAAGACAAUUAUGUUAUUACGAAUUCAAUUGACCAGGACUCCAUCAUCGCAAUGGACUUAGUGGCGGCUGCUGUGUUACUCAUAUACGACGAGAGUAGAGGCGUUCACCGUACAUUCGACGGGGCUGAUCUUAUAGAAAUGUGCUGCAUACAGUCACUACGAGAUAUUGGAUACGACUUUGCCUAUCUACCACAGUUUUCAAAUCCCGACGCUCUCUCGCGGCUGCAAACUUGGUAUUAUUCGAAUUUUGUGUCUUUGACAAGGAAAUACUUUACCGGUGACCAACUAAUACGCCAAGCGACAAGGAGAAUCUCCGAAAUGAUCGAAGCGGCCAGAGUUGCCGUUAGAGACAAUUCAACCCUUCCAUACUGGGCGUUAGAAGAUUUUCUUCGAACAGGUUCAAUUCAAGCCUUUAAACCUCCCCGUUUCCAAGAUACCUCUUGGCACAUACUCGCUUUGGCCGCUCCGCCAAUAAUAUUAGUGGUCGGUGAACUCAAGCCAGACUUUUUUCACGAGGACGGCCUGCCCCCGAGCUGGCCCAGUUCAAAUGCUAUUAGUAAAAUAAAUACUCUCUUGAAAAGUUUUGGCCUCGGCAAAGUACUCCAGAAAUAUUGCGCAGAGCCCCGCGCUCGUGGCGGCAUUUUCGGGAGCCACAGAACUUUGAGGCGAUGGUUAAUACAAGUCCAAUCGUUUAGUGGGGCCUACCUAAGGCCGGCGGAUAACCACAUUGUUUACAACUUGCCCAGUAGUCGUUGCGACUGUGCUUAUGAUGUUUUUCCGCUCCAAAAAGGGGAUAAUCGUGAUAACAAACACCUUUUCGGGGGAUGUCCAAAUAAUGGGAUCUUACUGUUAGAUGGCAAAUGA